CAAACAAGCGCGUGCGCAGUAGCGCCUGGCUCAGCUGGCUGCUUCCAAGUGAGUUUACUUCGAGGUCUUUUAAGUACAGAACGGCAUAAACCCGCAUAGAGAAACACAUGAAUAUUUCACCCUCAUCGAUGAUGAGACUGGCUGUUCAUUUACAGUAAUAAACGGCAACUUUGUCAGGAGCAUCUCGUUUUACUCCUCGUAAAUGGCCGAUUUUUAAAAUGUCACCUCGGAAACGGAAACUGGCUUCUAAUUCUACCAACGGCGAGGUUGCAGUGUUGCCACCAGCAUCUCUCGAGGAUGGAGACCACAGUCCGGAGUCGUUGCCGCAUCAGGUCAGCCAGUACUUCUCAGCACGUCGGGAGUGCCCACAGAGACUUGGCGACAGUUUCUUUGACCAGCCCUGCAUUCACCUGGCAAAAGCACUGCUAGGCAAGGUAUUGGUCCGGACUCUGGCUGAUGGGACAGAACUCCGGGGACGCGUGGUAGAAACCGAAGCCUAUCUGGGCGGAGAGGACAAAGCGUCUCACUCGUAUCAAGGGAAGCGUACGCCGAGGAAUGCGGCCAUGUUCAUGAAACCUGGCACCAUUUAUGUCUAUCCCAUCUAUGGCAUCUACCUGUGCAUGAAUAUCUCCAGCCGAGGUGACGGGGCGGCUGUCCUCUUGCGCUCCCUGGAGCCGCUGCUUGGUGUGGAGCGCAUGCAGGAGCUCCGAAGCGUCAGACGGAAGGAGAGCCGGCGAGCGCUGAAAGACAAAGAUCUCUGCAAUGGCCCCUCGAAGCUCUGUCAAGCACUGGCCAUCCAACGAGGGUUUGACCGGCGGGACCUGGCGACGGAUGAGGAGAUCUGGCUGGAAGAAGACCCUUCCGCUGAGCAGCCUCACGCCGUCGUGUCCGCGAGUCGAAUCGGCAUCGGCUAUGCAGAAGAGUGGACCGCCAAGCCGCUCCGCUUCUACGUGUUAGGAAAUCGGUGCGUGAGCGUGGCGGACAGGCAGGCGGAGCGGGGCAGCGCGGACCACGUGACUUGAUACCGGCGACUGUGCCUAUAAACUGGGAAGCAAGUGGAGUGGCUGUGUGAUCAAAUAGUUAAUGGGAUCUCGACUAUCUGGCAUGGUCACGCAGCCCCCAAUAUGAAAUGGCGCUGGCUGUUGCCACGACCCCUUUACAAAGAACUCAAGGAAUUGUGUACCCAAGUUGGUGAUGGCCAAAAAUAAAGCAAAUGAAAAAUGUCAGGCUUUAAAUAAUUUGAGUAGGGCGGCCGUUUCCCUGUCCACAAAAUGUUCUUUUGAGAAUCACUUAUCGGAAUAAUAUUAAUAAAUAAUCGAUUCCAUCCAGCA